ACAGGUAGCAUCGUAUCAUCCUUGUUACUGCAAUAUAGAUGCCCAACCCAGUAAUCGGAUCUCCGCAACCAUUGCGCAUCUCGGUCGACGACGCAGAUUUUGCGGAUCGCACCGCUCAGUACGUCUGCGACUUCUUCACCUCGCUUCAAAUCCGGGGUGGUCGCCCUCAACCGAACCAAUGGACUAUACUGGCGGCUUUUCUGUCAUACACUGGUCCGCAGGCGGAUGAUCCGGCUGGAGCUCUAGAGAUUUUGACCUUUGGUCUAGGAAACAAAUGCGUUUCUAAUCCGCUACGCCGUGAACAACAGGUGGUGGAUAUGCACGCAGAGGUGCUAGCUCGCCGAGAACUGGAAGCCUUGUUGCUUGACGGGGUCGGAGCUUUACGAACAACGGAAGAGUCGGAUGCCUCGGAUAACCAGCGCUCUGCCUUCGCAACGCAAACACUCUUUAAUCUCGGGUCAAGGCGAUCGGACCUGUACCUUUAUACAAGUCAUAUGCCAUGUGGUGCGGCUUCAAACGCAGCGCAUCUAGAGCGUUUAGACAAGGAAGACGAGCUCAUGAAACGCGUCUUGGAUCACGGCUCAUCCGAUUCGGAAGUGCGAGGCGAAUCGUCAUUCCGAGCAGAUCGCGAGCUCGAGGUCCCGCCAUUGACCAAGAAGCCGUCUCGAGGAGAUGCCAUACCUACCUCGUGCUACUCUUGCUCAGACAAGCUGUCACGGUAUCAGGUACUCGGAUUGCAAGGUGGACGAUUGAGCGGAUGUUUCGAAGAGAACGGCUGGCCGCCCUUGCGGAUGAGCGGCCUGAUCGUAGGAGAGGAUUUCUCUGAUGGACGAGGAUUACGAAUGCUCUUCGGGGGCACGAUCGUUACGGACACCGAGAUACCGCGCUCCUAUUCUAGGAUGAUAGAUGGCAUCCGUGAGGUCUUUGCAGAGCACUGUGAUCCGGCGACUGCUCUGUUUCAUGAUACACUGGUCGAUGCGGUCCGCGAUUUUCGAAUUUUCCGGACGACCUGGAUAUUCGCGUACUCCCGAUCAAGGGUGACUGCUCUAGCUUGUGACCGCGCUGGCCUUGCGCAGGAUGCUGCUACCAUAUUCCAAGCAUUAUCGGAAGUGGAGCGAGCGCGAUUGCGGACCCUGCCUCUUCCGAUAGUGCGAGAUACGCUUGUACCGCAACCACCCAUCUCGACAUUUCCUCUGAGCUGCAGCUGGAGAGUCGGACAAUGCGUCGAGAUCCUAGGUCCGACCGGCGUACUGAACGGGUCAAAGCGGAGCAAGACGACGGGCGAUUUCGAGAAGACGAGUCGAUUAUGCCGGAAGCGGCUGCAGGAGGCGUACGACGAGAUCAUAAUUUCAGGAGAUGGCGCAGCAGCAUACGGGAAGGGGAAAGGUAGUCCUAUGUGGAGGCUUGUAUCUUCUCGGAUGGAGGCCAGAGGACCAUGGAAAGACUGGCAUAGAUCGAGGGUCUGUGAGAUAUAACACCCAACAAUGUCGGGAUUUGGCGAACCUUAUGAUAUACAU